UGCUGCACGAGGAGAGUUUAGAAGGAACUCCUGGGAGUAACUGAACUGCUCAGUGACAGAUGACAGAUGUGAAGUCUGGAAUAUAUCUCAUCUUGUGAGGAAUCAAAUAGGACAGAGGGAUUCAGAUGGAGGUCCAUCAGCUUCUAUUUAUGUAAAGUGCUUCAGAGUCUGUGUGAGGUGUAGCACACUAUGGAAACACUUAUAGAGGUGUGUUUGAGACAACCAAAGGUAAUGUGUCUGCAAUCUUCCCCAUUGAGGUUACCAUGGACAGAUGGACAAGCUACAUAGACGCUGCCAUUCCAAGCAUCUGCAAUAUUUUUCUCUGUUUUUCCCUUGUAAUGGUUUUCCAAAGGAAUUACUUUGGCCCCGUGUGCUGCAACCCCGAGGUUCACCCUCCCUUGUUCUAUUUGACUUGGCCUGUGAUCUGUGUCACAGACAUCGGUGGGCUCUUUCUCUGGGAAAGUGGUGAGAUCCUGCAAGCCCUCUGCAUGAGGCUUCUUCCUCCAGCGCUGAGCUUCUACAUGCUGUUUGUCUCUUACAACAACCUCAAGCGCUGCAGACCCUUGCUCCACAUCACCUCCUCACGGCUCACCUGGUUCACAUACUACGCAACACAAAACAGCUUGGCAUUGUCAGCUUGGUGGACUCUGACUAAUGCUCUGGUUAAUCUGGGUGUCGUGCUAAAGUACACCAUUGGCCUGCAGGAUCCACUGGUCAGCUCUGUGGUCCUCACCCUACUGUUCCUGGCCAUGCUUCUAUGGUUUAUCCUUCAGACUUUUGUGUUGGUGAAUUACAUCCACUACACUUUCACUGUUUACCCAAUCUUAAUCCUGGGACUGGGAGCCAUGUUUACCAGAGGAUAUCAAGUGCAUGACAUGGCACCCAACACCAUUUACUGUGGAUUCCUAAUGAUGGUAGCAACAAUUAUGAACUGUAUCAUGUUGUUCAGUCUUUGUUGUGACUCCAGACGACCCUCCACAUCUACUCACAAACCCUUCCCCAGGCUCAAGGACUGCCCAUCAGUGUGCCAGUCAGUAGACAAGCUGGGCACGGAGAGGGCCAAAGGGAACAUGGCAUAAGAAGUCAGUGAUUAUGUAUGGUCACUCAUAGGGGACAUGCUUUAGGGUGACCAUGUGGUACUGAUGUCAGGUAGUAUGAUGUUAAUGCCAGGCUUUAACCCUCACUUUAAUACCCUUCAUUUUGAGAAUGUGGAAAUGCAUACAAGUGAAGACACUACUGAAUUUUACUUUUAGGCAGUCCCAUUAUGGCAAGUUAAUGCCAAAUAACUGGCCCUCAGUUAGAACCCUGUGACUGUGUUGGGCAUGAGGGAUCCAUACUGCUGUAGGGCUCCACUCAUCUGUGGUAUGUUUCUAUGAGCACAUGCAGACUCUGUCAGACAACCAGGUACUGUACAUGUCUCUGGGAACUGACAUCAGGGUUGGAAUCAGUUAUUUUUCAUCACAGGAUGUUGGAAAUUUUAGGUUGUAAUCUCAUUAAGAGCAAAACUUGGCACAGGGUUUUAAUUUCUAUGGGAAGAUUGUUUUGGGCAUCAAAAUGAGAUGGUCCUGUUGAUUCAGAAAAUACCUUAAAACCCUGGUGUUCAUAAUGACUCCUUUUACAUUUGAUAUUAUCCUCGAUUGACUGAACAGAUGUCACAGACAGCAAUGAAUGUAAAUGUUUUCAUUUGUGAAUUUGAAUUUGUGAACUUAAAAUUUUGUAAGUUGUAAUGUAAAUGUACAUUUUGUAUUGUUUUUGAAUUUAUAGUAAAUACAUCAAUAAAGUAUUUUUCAAGGUUUA